UAACGCACGGAAUCAGCGAUGACUCUUUAACUUACGAUGACUACAACACUGAAGAAAAACGGCAUUUCCAGUUUCCGAGCAGUGGGAUUGAGAUUCCGAGCAGCGGCAAUGGCGAAAAAACGACGCGUCGGAACGACGAUCUUCAUGCUCCUUUUAGCUCUCUUAGUAUUCGGAGCUUUCGCACCUGCCUUUGCUCCGCUUCCUUCUCUAUCAUCUUUUUCUUCCCGUUCCGACAUCGCUAGACUUAAUUCUAUGGGUGAUAAGAACAAAUUUGAGAUUGCGGAUGAUAUGUUCUGGAAAGAUGGGAAGCCUUUUCAGAUCAUUGGCGGGGACUUGCACUAUUUUCGGGUUCUUCCAGAGUACUGGGAAGAUCGACUCCUGAGAGCAAAGGCAUUAGGCUUGAAUACCAUUCAAACAUAUGUCCCAUGGAAUUUGCACGAACCAAGGGAAGGUCAACUUGUUUUUACAGGAAUAGCAGAUAUCUUUUCAUUCCUCAAUCUAUGUCAGAAAUUGGAUCUCCUGGUGAUGCUCCGAGUUGGGCCUUAUAUUUGUGCAGAGUGGGAUUUUGGGGGUUUCCCUGCUUGGUUACUUACCAUUGAACCUGCUGUAAGACUUAGAUCAUCAGAUCCUGCUUUCAUUAAUUUGGUUGAAAGAUGGUGGGGAAUUUUGCUGCCGAAGAUAGUCUCUUAUGCUUACAAAAAUGGCGGCCCUAUUAUAAUGGUUCAGAUAGAAAAUGAAUUUGGUUCAUACGGAGAUGACAAGGACUACCUGCAUCACUUAGUGAGGAUAGCCCGUGGACACCUUGGAGAUGAUGUUACUCUAUAUACGACCGAUGGAGGUUCAAGAGAAAAUCUUAACAAAGGGACUAUUCCUGGAGAUUCUGUCUUUUCAGUUUCUUGGUUGGUUGUCUGGCUCUGUUAUAAUCAUGGAUUCUUAAUAUUAGCUGUUGAUUUUUCAACGGGAGAUGAUCCAUGGCCCAAUUUUAAGUUGCAGAAAGAGUUCAAUGCACCAGGGAAAUCACCACCGCUUUCAACGGAGUUCUACACUGGUUGGCUCACGCACUGGGGAGAGCAUAUUGCAAAUACUGAUGCAACUGUUACAGCAUCUUACUUAGAAAGGAUCUUGUCAAAAAAUGGAUCAGCUGUGCUCUACAUGGCACAUGGUGGAACAAAUUUCGGGUUCUAUAGUGGUGCAAAUACUGGUGCAGAUGAGACUGAUUACAAGCCUGAUCUUACAUCCUAUGAUUAUGAUGCACCUAUCAAAGAAUCUGGAGAUAUAGACAAUCCAAAAUAUCAAGCUCUUCGAAGGGUGAUUGCUAAAUAUACUGCAGUUCCUCUUCCUUCAGUUCCUUCCAAUACUGAAAAGAAAGCAUAUGGACUUAUUAAGUUGCAGAAGACUAAAUCAUUGUUUAACAUAGUUGAUACCACAUACUUUGAUGGUGUCACUGAAUCUGAAAACCCACUUGCAAUGGAGUCUUUGGACCAGAUGUUUGGCUUCAUGCUUUAUGUUUCUGAUUACAAAGCAAAAGCUAAUGGAGGUUUGUUAUUCAUACCAAAGGUGCAUGACAGGGCGCAAGUAUUCAUUUCAUGCCCUUCAGACAACUAUGACGAAAAUCCAGAAUAUGUAGGCACUGUAGCUAGAUGGUCAAAUACUUCCAUCAGGCUUCCUCAUACUCAAUGUACUUCGGAUAACAGAAUUUAUAUACUGGUGGAAAAUAUGGGGCGUAUAAAUUAUGGGAAAUACAUUUUUGACAAGAAGGGUAUACUCUCUCCUGUUUAUUUAGAUGGUAAACCGUUGCAGAAGUGGAAAAUGUUGCCGAUUCCUUUUCACAACCUAAAUGAGGAUCAAAAGAAUAAUUCUGUUAUUUCAGAUGCAUACACCGACCUUAGAGAAUCUGUGCAGAUAAAACUUAAAAACAAAAGAAAUUAUCAUCCAGUGCCAGCUUUCUACAUUGGUCAUCUUACAGUUGAUGAAGUAAAAGACACUUUUUUGUCUUUUCGUGGCUGGAGUAAAGGGGUUGUAUUUAUCAAUGGAUUUAAUUUAGGAAGGUUUUGGCCGUCCUUUGGACCCCAGUGCAACCUUUAUGUUCCUGCUCCAAUCCUGCAAGAAGGAAAAAAUCUCGUGGUUAUUCUACAAAGAAAACAUCAUGGAUUGAACUACAAAGAAGGAAGCAGGUAUGGUUGAAAAAUGUUUAAUAAUAUCUAUUUGAUUGUUACAUGGCUGCCUGCAUCAGUAAUUUUUUGAAAUUUUCCUCUAUUGCAACAACUUUCGAAUUUCAUACAAAGACUUCAAACUACACCUAGAAAAUUCCAUGGAAUUGAUAUACAAUCUGAAAAUGAACGUGAAAAACAGUAAUGCAAAAAUACACUAAAUACUCAUAUGAUCAUUUUCUUGAGAAUACAGAAUUGUAUGUAUAUAUAUUGGUUGAUCAUAGAUCAUAAAGAUACGUAGUUUUGACCUUUAUGUAAUAAUUAAAGAAGUUGAGAAAUCCAAACCUUAAGCCUUCAAAUAUUCCAAUCUUCUAAAGAUUAGUUACACUUCCUAGCUUUUUUUCUUCAACCAAAAACGUUACUUUGUAAUAUAUCAUAUUAUAUAUAUACAUAUAUAUAUAUGUAUGAUUAUGGGGGUGAUUAUGAGUCAAUUGUAUAUAUGGUAAGGGUGUUUUUUUGUUUUUUGGAUUGACAGCAAACCACUAGUGUGGAACGUCUUACAAACAAUCUCUCUCAAUGCCUCUCUUCCCCUUGUGGCUCUCCACACUCUACAUUUUCAACCUUUCUCUAAAUGAAUAAAUAAAUGUUAAGAAUA